GAGCGAGACAGAGAGAGAGCGAGCAAGCGGGGGGAAGCGUGUUUACUGUACGCGCGGCCGUGGAGCAUCUCUGCCUGGAUUGCGAGCAGCGCUUAACGGACUCCAGCCCAGUGCUCGGCCCCUCUAGCUAGCGUGUCCGACACUAGCACCAAGCCUAGGGUGGGAGGCGCUGAGACGGAGACGGGAGACGUCUGCAGCCUGAGUCCCUCCAGCCUUGCUCCCUGGCAGAGGAUGGCCGUGCUGGCUCUCCGCGUGGGCUCUCUCGCCAGGAUUGUCACGGCCGUCUGUCACCGCAGCAGACAUUCCAGCUGAGCCACAGGCACGAGUCAAUAGUGAGAUAUGAGCUCCAAGCACUGCUCAGAUUGGAUCCCUUACAGCACUCUGGACGAUGAGGGAAGCAACCUUCGACAACAAAAGCUGGACAGACAGCGUGCUCUGCUGGAGCAGAAGCAGAAGAAGAAACGCCAGGAGCCCUUGAUGGUUCAGUCAAAUGUGGAUGGCCGCUCCCGCACUCGCAGGACCAAGCAGUGUGAGGAGCAGGCCCCACUGGUGGAGUCCUACCUCAGCAGCAACAGCAGCACCAUCUACCAUGUGCAAGAGGCCGAACAGGAGGAGGUAAAGGUUGUAGCCGACCCUCAGGCUCCGUGCUCGGCCAAAAAGGCUAAGGCCGUCGCGUCCACGCCGCAGACUGGCAGCGCCAAGAAGGAAAGAAAGGGGAAGCAGAAAGGAAUCGAUGGCCCAGCUGCCUUCCAGGAUGAGGUGCAGGACUUGGGCAGUCAGAUCCAGAUCCUGACAGUGGGUCAGUCCGCCGUGGACGAGGGCGAGGGGGAGGCUGUUGGCAGCGGUCAGCAGCAGGGAAAGCAGGACCUGAGGGUCACCAUGCUGAAGAAAGGCAUUUCCAGUAGUAUGAACUUUGAUGAAGAGGAAGAUGAUGAAGACGAAGACAGUUCUAGUUCCUCCCAGCUCAACAGCAACACCAGGCCCGGGUCAGCCACCAGCAAGAAGUCCAGCAAGGAGGCUGCCUCAGCCUCCACACCCCCAGUCAGUGAGCCGGCCAUUGAUGUGGAUGACCUGGAAGAGUUCACUCUGAGACCAGCACCCCAGGGGGUCACUGUCAAAUGUAGGAUCACGCGUGACAAGAAAGGCAUGGACCGGGGAAUGUACCCCACCUACUACCUCCACCUGGAGAGGGAGGAUGGCAAGAAGGUGUUCCUACUAGCAGGUAGGAAGCGAAAGAAGAGCAAAACUUCAAAUUACCUCAUCUCCAUCGACCCAACAGAUCUAUCUCGAGGUGGAGAGAGCUUCAUCGGGAAGCUGAGGUCAAACCUUAUGGGGACCAAGUUUACUGUCUAUGACAGUGGGCUGAAUCCCAUCAAGACCACCUCCAGCUUAGAAGCCAGCAACCUACGUCAGGAAUUAGCAGCUAUCUGCUAUGAGACCAAUGUUUUGGGUUUUAAAGGACCUCGAAAAAUGAGUGUCAUCAUUCCAGGAAUGAACAUGGACCACGAGCGAGUAUCCAUCCGACCACGGAAUGACCAUGAGUCCCUUCUGGCGCGGUGGCAGAACAAGAGCACGGAGAGCGUGAUUGAGCUGCACAACAAGACGCCGGUGUGGAAUGACGACACGCAGUCUUACGUGCUCAACUUCCACGGCCGCGUCACCCAGGCUUCUGUAAAGAAUUUCCAAAUCAUCCAUGACAACGACCCGGACUACAUUGUCAUGCAGUUCGGCAGAGUGGCAGAGGACGUCUUCACCAUGGACUACAACUAUCCCAUGUGUGCUCUGCAGGCCUUCGCCAUUGCCCUCUCCAGCUUUGACAGUAAGCUGGCCUGUGAGUAGGAAGAGGAGCUGGGUGGAGCCACCACUUUCUGUUUCCUGUGGUCCCAGCUGAUACCGCUGCCCCCUCCCUCCCACACCCCUUGCCCCUCGAAGGGGCCUUGGACUCCAAACAUGACUGUAAAGGAACUAGAACUUCCUCUGGCAGUAUGUGGGUGCUGAG